AUGCAUCAAUUUCAAAGAUCAAUGGGAAAACAACGACUGACAAGUAAUAUCAAUGGCAAAAUAUCUGGUCAUAAGAAACCCAAAGGGAAACCAUUAUCAACUCAAGUGAUCACCAAAGCUAAAGCAAAAUCGAAAGCAAAGACAGAACAUGUCACAUUUGAAGAUGAUCUGUCACAGGAGCCACCGCAUAAAACGAUACGAAAUUCAAUAUCUGAGUAUUUCUCUAAAAUAGGUUUAAAUGAAGUGUCACGAGAGCAAAGUGGGAUUUCUUUGUUCAAAUUGGUUGAAUUGGAGCUAAAUUUACCCACACUAACCAGUGCAAAGAAUCAAAACCUUACUACGGCAGAUAGAGAUCAAAGAGAUAACCAAUCGUACGAGGAGCUAGUCAAUAUGUUUAGUAUACCGUGGUAUUUGGAAAAAUUUAUGCUUUUCGGAUUAUUUGUCUGCCUCAACUCAUUCCUUGCCCUUUUUACGCUAGCCCCCAUUAAAAUCAUUCUUGUUGCUUCACAAGUACUUAUCACCUACAUCAAGAAUCCCAAGCAAAAUGUAAUCCAUCAAUUAAGCUCGAUAAAAAAAGAUGUCAUUACCCUAAGCUUGAUUGCCAUGGCGUUGUUUGUUUUAUUUUCAGGAAAAUUGGAUAUUUCCAAAAUGUAUCACGAUGUCAGAGGUCAAGCUGAUAUCAAACUAUACGUCAUGUUUGGAGUAUUGGAAGUUGCUGAGAAGUUGUGCUCAUCCAUUGGACAAGAUAUCAUAAACAUACUUUUUCAAAUCUCCUCAGUAGACCAAGUGGGAAGGUUUAUUACUUUUUAUUUCAUUUCAGUGUUUUACUUGUCAUUUCACGCGUACAUCUUGAUAUACCAAUGUGUUUCUUUAAAUGUGGCAGCAAACUCAUAUUCCAAUGCGCUAUUAACAUUGCUACUAUCGAAUCAAUUUGCAGAGUUGAAAAGCUCAGUUUUCAAAAAGCUAGAUAGAGAAGGAUUGUUUCAAAUAACAAUGGCUGAUUUAUCCGAGAGGUUCCAGUUAUCGUUGAUGUUGGGUAUAAUAGCAGUGAGAAACUUGUUACAACUAAAUUCUGCUCAUGGUCUUAUUCCCGAUAGUUGGAAAAAGUGGAAUAUUUGGUUAGGUGCCGUUUUUGGUCCUGGUGUUGUUGUAAUCGGAAGUGAAAUAUUUGUGGAUUGGCUAAAGCAUUGCUUUAUUUCAAAAUUUAAUAAGAUAAAACCACGAGUUUAUCGCAAUUUUUUGUAUGUUUCAUGCUUGGAUUUUUUGCAAGUGUUUCAAACAAGUUCUGAAGAUUCUAGCAAAAGCCAUGAGUUUACUGAUUUUAUUGUCUUGACACGUCGAAUUGGACUACCUUUAUUGGCUUUAGCCGUUUGCUUUUUGAGAAUGACUAUCGGUGAUUUUAAACAGAUUUUCAUUAUUCAAUGCUCCACUAAUGUUCGUACUUUAUUGGCGAGUCUCGUAUUUAUCACAGCAACUAUCUUCACCCUAUUACUAGUUAGAAUCAUCUUGGUGUUGUUGAUUUUUAAGAUUGCCAAUAGGUCAGUUGAAUCGCAUAAAUCGCGCCAAAGAGAGCUUGCCAAAAGGGCUAAAAACAACAUCUUGAUAGACACUCAAGUUGAAAAUACGCCAUCUCCAAGAGAGGAUUCAAUGAGCACAUUUGAUGAUUCUAGUUUUGUAUCUUCGCCGGUUGAAUUAUCUUAUCUACCUGGUUCACCCAACACAGAGCCUUCUACCAUAAACCCCAGCACUCGAGCACAUCUAUACGAUAUCGAUGAGGUCGUUCCCGAAACACCAGAGCAAAAGAGGAAUAAGCAGUUAUUGAAUGGAGCUUUGCAAGAACUGCCUUGGGGUGACAAUGAGGACGAGGGAUUGGCCAAAGUCACGCGAUACGAAAUGUCAAGUAAGCGUAUAUGGUAG